UUUGCCCUCAAACCCAAAAAGCCAACGCCCUUUCUUAUUCUGUGUUUAAACUCGUAAGAAAGAAAAGGGUGCGACAAGGAAGUGAACCAUGUCGUUGAGUACCCAAAUUGAAAGCCUUUGGGUCUUCGCGUUGGCUUCCAAAUGCUCCUCUCUCACCAAAGACACCCUCCUUUGCUCACUCCUCUUUCUUCUUCUUAUUUGCUUUCUCCUUUCCAUUUUCCACUGGGCCCAUCCUGGCGGCCCUGCUUGGGGCUCCCACGGAUACUACCGCCGCACCGCCGCCGUCAUCCCUGGCCCAAGAGGCCUCCCACUCAUCGGGAGCAUGACCUUGAUGAUGGGUCUGGCCCACCAGCGAAUCGCCGCCAUCGCCAAAUCCCUAGGAGCUACCCGUCUCAUGGCUUUCUCACUCGCCUACACUCGCGUCAUUGUCACUUCUCAUCCCGACGUCGCUAAAGAGAUCCUUAACAGCUCCGUCUUUGCUGACCGUCCGAUUAAGGAAUCUGCUUACUCUUUGAUGUUCAAUCGCGCCAUUGGUUUCGCCCCUUAUGGGCUCUACUGGCGGACCCUCCGCCGUAUCGCUUCCCACCAUCUCUUCUCCCCUAAACAAAUCAAAUCCUCUGAGUCACACCGCCGCCAUAUCGCUUCCCAAAUGCUCGCAAUCUUCUCUUCCACCACCACCUCCCCCCACCGCGUCCGCGACACGCUCAAACGAGCCUCUUUAAAUAGCAUGAUGGCCUCCGUCUUCGGCCGCUUUUAUACCCUCACCGACUCCAAUAACGAAGCCGAACAACUCCAAACCCUUGUUGCCGAAGGCUACGAUUUAUUGGGCCUUCUCAACUGGUCCGACCAUCUCCCCUUCUUAGCCGAUUUCGACCCACAGAGAAUCCGGUUCAGAUGCUCCCAAUUGGUCCCCCAAGUGAACCGCCUCGUCGGCCGGAUCAUCGCUGAACACCGGUCCAAUUCAACCUCCGAUCAAAUCACGGAUUUCGUCGACGUUCUUCUCUCUCUUCAACAAUCUGACAAUCUCUCUGACUCCGACAUCAUAGCCGUUCUUUGGGAAAUGAUAUUUAGGGGUACGGACACGACGGCGGUAUUAAUGGAAUGGAUUCUCGCCAGGAUGGUUGUUCACACGGAGGUGCAAGAAAAGGUUCAAUCGGAACUAGACACGGUGGUUGGGAGAUCACGUGCCGUGGUGGAAUCCGACAUUCCGUCCCUGGUUUAUCUAACCGCGGUGGUUAAAGAAGUUCUAAGGUUACACCCACCGGGCCCACUUUUAUCCUGGGCUCGCUUAGCCAUCACUGACACAACCAUAGACGGUCACCACGUGCCUAAGGGCACCACUGCCAUGGUUAACAUGUGGUCGAUAGCACGAGACCCACAGGUCUGGUCAGACCCACUUGAAUUUAAACCCGAGAGGUUUGUGUCUGGUGGCGCUGACGUGGAGUUUUCAGUUAUGGGUUCAGAUCUACGGCUCGCUCCAUUCGGGUCGGGUCGGAGGACUUGCCCCGGAAAGGCUCUUGCUUGGACAACUGUCAUCUUCUGGGUGGCUACACUUUUACACGAGUUUAAAUGGUUGCCUUCACCGAACCAAAACGACGCCGUCGACUUCUCUGAAGUUCUCAAGCUCUCUUGCGAGAUGGCCAAUCCACUCACCGUUAAACUAUGCCCAAGGCGUAAUUCAAGCUUUUAAAUUAAUAAAAUA